AUGGCCUCCAGGUUGGUGUUGGUCAUUGGCGACCUCUUCAUCCCAGAUCGAGCGCCGUUCCGCAAACUCCUUGCUCCGGGAAAGAUUGGACAGGUUGUGUGUUUAGGCAACAUCACAGACAAAGAGACGUACGAUUUUCUACGGCAGACUGCCCCAGAUCUGCACAUCGUGAAAGGCGACUUCGACACGGAAGCAUCCAAUUUAGCCCUGUCGAAAGUGGUACAACAUGGAGGACUUCGCAUUGGGUUCACGCACGGUCAUACGAUCAUUCCGCAGGGAGAUGCGGAUGCGUUGCUGAUAGCCGCUCGCCAAAUGGACGUUGACAUCUUGCUGUGGGGUGGUACGCACAAGUUCGAGGCAUACGAGCUUGAGGGGAAAUUCUUCGUCAACCCUGGCAGCGCCACGGGCGCAUUCAGUACAAGUUGGUUGUCCAUUGAUGAAGACCCGGUCCCCAGUUUCUGCCUGAUGGAUAUCCAAGGAGAUGUCCUCGUAUUGUAUGUCUAUCAACUGCGAAAGGAUGAGAGUGGAAAUGAAAAUGUGGCUGUGGAGAAGGUUUCUUUCAGAAAGCCAGCCCCGGUCGAGGCAUGA